UGUGUUUAAAGUUGCUGCGGCUGACACUAGUUUGAUACGCUUUGGUGCUCGUCACAGCCGGAGAUAUUUAACCACUGGUGAGAAAAAAUGUAAAACUCAUCCAAAAAUCUGGUUUCGCUAUGUAACAGUUGGCGGCUGCUUUUUUUUCUCUCUCUGGUUUUCUAGUAGAGAGCUGUAUAUGUAACUGGUGGAUAAUUAAAACACUGUAACUUGGAAUUAACUAAGGAUACAGCACGUCUUGCAGAUUCGGGAUAAUUUCUUUCAUGAGAGUUUAAUAGAAAUUUGCUUGUAUAUUUACAAACUGGUGUGCUUUUUAUUUCAGCAAAAUUAAAAGCAAAUAGGCUGGGAGUGUUAUAGAGCUGAAAGAAAAUAAUUUAUUUUAUAUGAUUAUGGUUUAAUAUUUCGUGAUUGAAAAAUAUAAAUAAAGCGAAACAGUUAUGUAGCCAUUUUCGAAAUUAAGAUAGUAAAAAUGAGAAUGUGUGCGAAAUAUUUAGUGUUAAUUAUCGUGCUUCUGUUUAAUAUUGGAGUGAAUGGCGUGCGUUAUUACCGCCAUAGUGAGCCCGUGCGGCACGCGGGACACGGACCUAGAGGUGAAAUGGGCCAGGCCCAAAAUGACUGCCCAUUACAGUGCAGAUGUAUUGCCCUUAGUCAUCUCAGUUACAGGGAUAUGGCAGAACGAUGGUUAUCUAUGAGACGCAUGCACGGUGUACAAAAUACGUUUAAAGGAACGGAGGCCCCAGUAUGGAAGGAGGAGCCUGAAAAUCUCCAGGGCCGGGAUGUAGUGUGUAUGGGCCUCAACAAAGUUCCCAGACCACUACCUGACAGUGUAAAGAGACUCACACUUUUCGGUGAUAGCAGUAAUAUGAAUGGUAACAUGCACGCUCAGAUAACCUUUAUCCGUGAGAAUUCAUUUGACAACGGAGGAGGUGUGGGUCAGUUAACCAUUUCUGGAAAUAACAUCCAGAUUUUAUAUCCGUACAUUUUCCGGAACCUACCUGGUGUACAACAUCUCGCUUUACAGAAUAAUAACAUCAGUCAUAUCUCAGCCGCCUCCUUCUCAUCUCUUGAUCAAUUGAUAGAGUUACGUCUCUCAGACAACAUGAUACGAUUCUUAUCACCAAACGUGUUUAGCCAGCUUGUAAAUUUAGAAUAUCUUUUCCUCAACGGCAAUAAGUUGUCAGGAUUGCACGUUCUUGUGUUGAGAAGGCUUAAACAUCUUGAAUACCUCGAUCUGUCAAGGAAUAAUUUCAGAACAUUUUCUGAUUCUGUAUUCGACGGUGCUGUAAAUCUACAAGAGCUGUUAAUUAAUGAGAAUCAAAUUUGGUACAUCAGAUCGCGAUGGUUUGAGAAGCUGUCCAAACUGAGAAGACUUGAAAUUCGAGCUAACGUAAUAACACGUAUAGAUCCAAGUUCGUUUAACACUUUGACCAGCCUUGAAGACCUUUACCUGUCUGCAAAUAUAAUCAAUAUCAUUUCAAAUGAGGCAUUUAGAAACCUGUCAAAACUGAAAAAUUUAGACCUUGGAACAAAUGAUAUUAACAAACUGGAACCAGAGUGUUUUGCUGGCCUUGAUGCUUUGGAUAACCUUGACCUUAGCGUUAACAGGCUUUCGUUCAUAAACAAUAAAACAUUCACAUCUACCCCGUUACUGAGAGCACUGCACCUGUCAAAGAAUUCAAUUAAAGAUAUUGAAGAGGCAGCUUUGCAUCCUCUGGCAGCUCUUCAGGAAUUGGAUCUAUCGUAUAACAAACUGAAAGCCGUCGAGAGUAAAACGUUUACUGGUUUGAUGGAACUGAAAGAAGUAAAUCUAGAGCAUAACAUUAUAUCAGAAGUCAAAAACGAUGCUUUUAUUGUAGCACCAUUAAAUCAAUUGUCUAAAAUCACAUGGCUUAGUCUACAGUAUAACCGCAUCAAAUCACUUAACGCGUACUCACUGUAUGGUCUGCCACAUAUGAAAUUUCUAAAUAUUGGUCAUAACAAACUAAAGUCUAUCCACAAGAAAUCAUUUUAUGCUUUGAAUAGCUUACAAAAUCUUAUGCUGAACGACAACAGAAUUUCGUCACUGGAAGAUGGAUUAUUUACAAAUUUGAAACAUUUGUACUCACUCUCGUUAGAAAACAAUAAACUGUCCGUGAUUUCGGACAAUACAUUUGUUGGAUUAAGAAAUUUAGAUGAUCUCAAUCUAAAAUCGAAUGGACUUGAAACCAUAUCACCGAACGCUUUUCGACACUUAUCAGAACUGACGCACCUUCAUCUUAGCAAUAACCUUUUGUCAACCUUCACCUUUGCAGACUUGAUAUUGGUUAAGAAACUUGAAAGCGUAGAUCUUGGGAAUAAUCGUCUAUUUCAAUCGAAAUUUCCUGAACAGAGGACACACACAAUUAGAAAGCUUAUACUGUCUUACAACCAACUGCAAACGAUCACCUCAAAUAUCAUAAACAUUUUGGCGCCAAGUAGCAGUGCUUAUCUCGAUAACAAUCCGUGGUCAUGUGAUUGUAGGCUGGACUGGUUACCAAGAUAUAUCUCAGAAUACAGACUACGCCUAGGAAGAUCUAGUUAUGACACAGUCUGUAAGGCGCCGUCAUCACUCCAUGGAAUAAAGGUCACCGACGUUGCUAUCAAUAACUUCCGCUGCGAUAACAGUACUGUCUCAAAAACGUUGACUUGUCAGAAUCUACAGAUUCGGUACUCCAAGAAAGCUCAAGCAAGCGUAAUAAGGAAGAGUAAACGUGAGACAAGAAACUGGCAUGUAACGUUCCGAUCAGACGAUAACAGGAGUAAUAUGAGUCGUGUCUGUUAUGGGAUGCUCCUAUCAAACGAUUGGGUAUUGACGAGACGUGCCUGUUCACAGUCAUACAUACCUUAUAAUACUACAAAAGUUAUAGCAAAAGUAGGAAGAAAAGAGUCACGAGAAAUUGCACUAAAUAUCGACCAUGCAUCAGAUUCAAUGGCUGCUGACUUUGAUUUACGAUUAGUAAGGCUGGUUUCGAGCAAAAAGUCCGAGUCUGACCUUCUACCUUGUAUUCUUACACAUUCACAAUAUCAUCAGUUAUCUCUCGCAAUACCGGAAGCGGUAUUCACAACGAGGCGAUAUGUAAACGAGACUAGAAAAUGGCGACUUCUUGCGAAAAGAGGAAAAAUGGUUAAGAAAUGUGAUAAUAACGGAGACAUUUGCUUAAACAUUAAGUCAUCAUCCGAUUUAAACCUGCAGGGUUCACCUUUGUCUAUUCGUUAUCAAGGGGUCUGGUAUUUAGCAGGGUUAGGAACAACAGCAAAUUCAACUGAGGUCAAAUUCCCAAGGUUUACACCGCUUUGGACAGUGAAAGAGUGGAUAGCAACAACUAUACACGAAGUUGACACUAAAUGUCGCUUCCAUACAAAACAUAAAAAGACAAACGUUUUGUGCGAGAAUUUAAAUCUGAAAGGAGUCGUGAAAACUGAUCAAGUUCUGUCUGUUUAAGUGAGUUUAAUGGCAUUCACUUAAACUAUUAUUCAGAAAGAAAGCUGAAUAAGCUCACCCAUCAGUAACUAUGGAAAAAUUGACAAGACAAGAUUGUAAUGCAAAUUAUUACAAGACGUUUUAUUUACUGCAUAUUGCCGACUCUAUAAUGGUAGGAUUCUGUCACAGAUAUGUGAUGGCAUAUUUAAAAUAAAACAUAAACAUAUUUGAUAUAAGUAUGAGUACAAUUGUAUACAUCAUAUGUAUUUUGAAGCCUGGUAAUGUUACUGGGUAACUAACUCUCUUGUGUAAACAACAUACAUAUACAUCUAUAUUAUAAAAUUUUCCCGACCUCCUUACAAGAGGUGUUACACCCUCCCUUACGUACCUUAAAGAGGUAGAACAGCAUUUUGAGAUUCUACCAAAAUGAUGUUUACAGAGAGGUAGUUAUAUUCCUCGGUCUGUUCCUACGUCCAGAUAAUUUGUACUCUGUAUUUAGACCAAAAUGUACCAGAUGCCACCGUUUUAUACCUAUUUUCCUAAAACUUCCAAGAGGAGACUCCCUGACACCCUUGCAGGAGGUGGAUACCCCUCCUGGACGGACCUACCUUACGAGCUUGAACUACAAUGGGUGUUCUACCACAAUGAUGUCUGCAGUGCCUCAGUUAAAACCCAAAGUGCAGCAGAUGCCACCAUUUAUAAGAUUCCCAUUGACCCAAAUUUGCUGACAAAUAAAUAUCUUUUUAAUUUUUUUUAUUACUAUUGUUAACCUAAACCACAAACAUAUUCCUUGUUAUGGUGUAUAUUGUAUCGAAAUUGUUUAUGAAAUUUUGAUUGAUCUAUUCAAUACAAUUUGGGUAACAUCAUAUAAUUUGUAAUGCAGAAUUUAAACUAUUUAACUAUUCAAAUCCAGUAGGACGUACAUGCGGACUAUACAUAACCAAUCGAAAGGAACAACAAGGCUAACAAAAUAGUUACAAACUGGUAAAUUGGAAGCUAACUAUGAAAGGUUACACUGCAAUAUAAAUUUAAAAAAAAAUAAUACCUCCCAAUUCAAAAUCAUAUCGAAUUAAGUCAUUAAUUGUCAAUGGCAUUUCUUGUGAAUUAAACCUUUCUGUCAAAUUAGAAAUGCCUGGGCCAAAUACAAUGUUAAGUUUGAAAUGUAUUUGGAGCAAAAUUAUGUUUUUGUACCCUGAUUUUAACACACAGAGCAUUUGUGUGUCGGCAAGAUGUAUAUAUUUUUUUCUCAAGUGAAACAGAUUAUCCGUCGUUAUUUCUCUAGAAAGAACUUUGUAUAUAAUAUGCAUGUUCAACAGAAAGUGUUUUAUGUAUAUAAGUUUAUGUUGAAAACAAUUUUUGAUUUGUAUAUGACGCAUAUCUUGUACAUAUUAGAUAAGAUAUGAAUAAAUAUAUAAGUUUUGAGUUUA